UUUAGUGUGUUUAGCCAAGGUAUAGUCUGAAGAGGUGUGUCUUUAGUUUGCGGCGGAAGAUGUAAAGUCUGUGGGUCUGUCAGUUGCCAAAGUUUACAGUCAGGUCCUGUGUGGGAGAAUAUUUUUCCGGAAAGAAAAGUAGUUGUCAGGGUUGAUUUUCCGAUGGUAAGCGGACAUCCACUGAUAGAUGUCAUUCAGACGGGCAGAGAUCCGUGCUGCCACUUGGGUGUCCGAGUGAGGGAAGGAGAGAAUUAGUUGGGUGUCAUCGGCAUAGCUGUUGUAGGCGAAGCAUUGAGAGCGAAUGACAGAGCUGAGAGAGUUGGUGUAGAGAGAAGAGGAGGUGACCCAGGACGGAACCUUGAGGAACUCUGGUAGUAAGAGGACAAGGUUCCAACACAGAUCCUCUCCAAGUUACCUGGUAAGUGCGGCCAUCAAGGAUGAGAAAAGGAUGCACAACCAUCUCUUUAAGUCAGGUUGCCAUUUCCUUUCCGAUGCUUGCAUAGCGGCUCUCUCAGCGCUCAUCGGUUCAGACAACCACAGAGUGGGAGGGGAUUUGUGAGAGUGAGAGAGAGAGAGAGAGAGAGAGAGAGAGAGAGAGAGAGAGAGAGAGAGAGGAGGAGGAGGAGGACAGUGUUGAGAGGAGAGUCUCUGCGACAGCGUGCGAAUGUAGAGUGAGAAAGAGUCAGAGGGGAGAGCUGAUAGAAUAGAGGAGGCCAGAGAGGAGGGAAAGAGGGAGCGAAUGUUGCGACGAACAGUCACAGAGUCAGUUGAUGGGGUGGGGUCGUUAAUUAGAGAGAGCGGAAGAGAGUAGGGGAUGAAGAAGUGGUCAGAAACGGAGUUACAUCCAUCUAUCCAUCAUCGACAGUCUUCAGCGUCUGGUUUUUACGAUCAAUCAUGAGAAAAGCCAAUAUCUUUAACUAACGUUGUAUUAGUGUUGCUGGUACAAACAUCAUGUGAGCUGAUGGUUCAUGUUCCUCCACAGAGAGGAACAGGAGAGCUCAGAGGUUCCCACAGAUCAGUCUGCACAGCAACAUCAAACACACCUGGACUCCAUAUUCAUGCUACUGGAGAAGAACGUCCUCACUUUUGUGAAGAACGAGCUGAAGAAAAUCCAGAAGGUUGUGAGUACAGAUUACCCAGAAUUCUUAGAGAAGGAGGAUGAGGAGGUUUUGGAUGAAGAGCAGAGGAGCAGCAGAGAGGCAUUUCUGAAGAUCUCAGUGCACUUCCUGAGGAGAAUGAAGCAGGAGGAGCUGGCUGCCCGUCUGCAGAGCAAACUUCUUAGUGCAGUUUGUCAGAGGGAACUCAAAUCCAACCUGAAGAAGAAGUUCCAGUGUGUGUUUGAGGGGAUCCCUAAAACAGGAAACUCAACCCUUCUGAAUGAGAUCUACACAGAGCUCUACAUCACAAAGGGUGGGCCGGCAGAGGUCAAUGAAGAACAUGAGGUCAGACAGAUUGAAACAGCAUCCUGGAAACCAGCCAGACCAGAAACGACCAUCAGACUAGACAACCUCUUCAAAGCCUCAGCUGGAGGAGAGGAACGAAUCAGAACAGUGAUGACUAAGGGAGUGGCUGGCAUUGGGAAAACAGUCUUAACACAGAAGUUCACUCUGGACUGGGCUGAAGACAAAUACAACCAGGACAUACAGUUCACAUUUCCAUUCACCUUCAGAGAGCUGAAUGUGCUGAGAGAGAAAAAGUACAGCUUGGUGGGACUUGUUCAUCACUUCUUUAGUGAAAUCAGAGCAGCAGAAAUCUGCAGGUUUGAAGAGUUCCAGGUUGUGUUCAUCUUUGACGGUCUGGAUGAGUGUCGACCUCCUCUGGACUUCCACAACAACGAGAUCCUGACUGAUGUCACAGUGUCUGCCUCAGUGGAUGUGCUCCUCACAAAUCUCAUCCGAGGGAAGCUGCUUCCCUCUGCUCGCCUCUGGAUAACCACACGACCUGCAGCAGCCAAUCAGAUCCCUGCAGAGUGUGCUGUCAUGGUGACAGAGGUCAGAGGGUUCACCGACCUCCAGAAGGAGCAGUACUUUAGGAAGAGGUUCAGAGAUGAGCAGCAGGCCGGCAGGAUCAUGUCUCACAUCAAGACCUCACGAAGCCUCCACAUCAUGUGCCACAUCCCAGUCUUCUGCUGGAUCACUGCUACAGUUCUGGAGGAGGUGUUGAGGACCAGAGAGAGAGGAGAGCUGCCCAAGACCCUGACUGAGAUGUACAUCCACUUCCUGGUUGUUCAGUUAAAAGUGAAGAUGGUCAAGUACGAUGGAGGAGCUGAGACGGAUCCACCCUGGAGUCCAGAGACCAGGGAGAUGAUCAAGUCUCUAGGAAAACUGGCCUUUGAUCAGCUGCAGAAAGGCCACCUUAUCUUCUAUGAAUCCGACCUGACAGAGUGUGGCAUCAAUAUCAGAGCAGCCUCAGUGUUCUCAGGAGUGUUCACUCAGAUCUUUAGAGAAGAGAGCGGACUGUACCAAGACAAGGUGUUCUGCUUCGUCCAUCUGAGUGUUCAGGAGUUCCUGGCUGCUCUUCAUGUCCAUCUGACCUUCUUCAGCACUAGUGUCAAUCUGCUGUCAGGAAAACAAACAACCUGGCUAUUGUCUAAAGUCUUUAAAGAAAAUCCUCAACCAAUGCGUCUAUACCGGAGUGCUGUGGACGCAGCCUUAAAGACUGCUAAUGGAUACCUGGACUUGUUCCUCCGCUUCCUCCUGGGUUUUUCACUUGAGGCCAAUCAGACUCUCCUACAAGGUCUACUGACACAGACAGGAAGUCACUCACGGACCAAUCAGGAAACAGUCCAGUACAUCAAGGAGAAGAUCACUGCGAAUAUGUCUCCAGAGAAAAGUAUCAAUCUGCUCCACUGUCUGAAGGAACUGAAAGAUGAUUCUCUCGUGGAGGUGAUCCAACGAACCCUCAGAUCAGGACGUCUCUCCACAGAUGAACUGUCUCCUGCUCAGUGGUCAGCUCUGGUCUUCAUCUUACUGUCAUCAGAAGAUCUGGAGGUAUUUGACCUGAAGAAAUACUUUGCUUCCGGGAAGGCUCUUCUGAGGCUGCUGCCAGUAGUCAAAGCCUCCAACAAAGCUGUACUGGACCGCUGUAACCUCUCAAAGGGAAGUUGUGAAGCUUUGUCCUCAGUCCUCAGCUCCCAAUCCUCCAGUCUCAGAGAGCUGGAUCUGAGUAACAACGACCUGCAGGAUUCAGGAGUGAAAUUGUUGUCUGCUGGACUGGAGAGUCCACACUGUGACCUGGAGUCUCUCAGACUGAGUGUCUGUAACCUCUCAGAGAGCAGCUGUGAAGCUCUGUCCUCAGUUCUCAGCUCGCAGUCCUCUAGUCUGAGAGAACUGGAUCUGAGUAACAACGACCUGCAGGAUUCAGGAGUGAAGCUGCUUUCUGCUCGGCUGGAGAGUCCACACUGUGAACUGGAGACUCUCAGGCUGUCAGGCUGUCUAAUCACAGAGGAAGGCUGUGCUUCUCUGGCCUCGGCUCUGAGCUCCAAUCCCUCCCAUCUAAGAGAGCUGGACCUGAGCUACAACCAUCCAGGAGACUUAGUUGUGAAGCUGUUGUUUGCUGGACUGGAGGAUCCACACUGGAAACUUGAGACUCUCAGGUAUGAAGAGGCCUGCAGCAGCCACAGCAGCCUGAUCUCCAAAACCUAUUCCUGUGAACUCACAAUCGACACAAACACAGUAAACCCAAGACUCAAACUCUCUGACAACAACAGGAAGGUGACACAUGAGACAGAGUUUCAGUCAUAUCCUGAUCAUCCAGACAGAUUUGACUCCUUGCCUCAGCUGCUGUGUAGAACUGGUCUGACUGGUCGCUGUUACUGGGAGGUCGAGUGGAGCGGAAGAGUUAAUGUAUCAGUGAGUUACAGAGGAAUCAGGAGAAAAGGAGACAGUAGAGACUGUUUGUUUGGAAUGAAUGAUCAGUCGUGGAGUCUGGGAUGCUCUCAUAAAGGUUACUAUGUCUGUCACAAUAAGAGAACAACAUCCAUCCCUUCCUGCUCUUCUUCCUCCUCCUCCUCUGGUAGGGUAGCAGUGUAUGUGGACUGUCCUGCUGGCUCUCUGUCCUUCUACAGAAUCUCCUCUGACACACUGAUCCACCUCCACGCCUUCAACACCACAUUCACUGAACCUCUUUAUCCUGGGUUUGACUUCAUGUCCUCUUCUGAUUCUGGUUCCGGGUCCUCAGCGUCUCUGUGUUCUCUGUAGGAGGGAGAGUCUCCUCCUGAUGGAGAACCUUCCUCUCUGCUCACCACAUAGUUCAGUCUGCACAGGAUAUCACACAGCGGAUGUUGGUUCAUGUGGAUGUAGAUGCAGGUGGAGCAGGUGAGGGGUACCUGAGCUGGUCUGGACUCUGGGGGGUCCAGAGCUCUCUGGGACUUGUGGUGUUGCAAAAGUCUGAAAGAGCUCAGCAAGGUGUGUUUUAAUGUUGCUGUGCUUGUUGCCUCUGUGGAUGAAUCAAUACAUUAUCAUUAAUAUAUUGUCCUUAAUUGGAAAUAAUCAUAAUCAUGAUGUUGUUGAAGAUAUUUUAGAAUAACCCCCCCCAUAUAAGACAAAUACGUCUGUAUGAUAAACUGUCCUCAUUUGUGUGUGUUAUUCAUUAGCGCCCAUGCUAAUAAAAGCAAGGUAAUGCUUUUUCCAGGAUUGUUUGUAGGGAUGAAAAUAGGGACAAUAUGAAUGUGUAAGUCUUUUUUAACUUCAAAUCUUUCUAAAUGUGUUCAAAUAUAAUAUGAAAUCUAAUUUCACAUAAUCAGGUUUGUUCUGAACAAGAAUGUGUGUUAUGUAAUAAUAUAUAAUAUAAUAUAAUAAUGCAACUUUUAGUCCCUCCAUGUGGAUUAACAGGAAUAUAAUUGUUUGGGUUUGAUGUUAAUAAAUGACUGUUAUUUGAAAGAACAUGUGGUGCAGUGACUGGUCACCGAUGGGAUUAUGCCAGUAAAUGUGAUUCAUAUUCCCAACAUGUUUCACAGUGUGAAUAUAAUAAAGAGAAAAUAACACCAACA